CAAAUCCAAAUCCAGCCCUGGUUUUCUUUUCGGGUGAUUAAUUUAACAAUUACUUCUCAAGAUUGGCGAGACUCCAGGUAAUGAAAGGGUGGUUCUAGGCCCUCGAAGAACCAUGAUUUGAUUAUCCCUGGCCUACAGAUUUGGAGACACUGUCAACAAACCGUUUUUUGUCAUUUAAAACGAGUGUUUUUAGAACUACAUUUCACCCCGCAUUGGCAGGUGUCUAUCAUCGUCGCAGGUCUGAAACACUUAGUAGAGAAAUGCAGUGAUAUUAUUUUCGCCGGCUGGAAGACAUUCGGCUGAAAACGAUGAAGAGAAUGGUUUCUUCACCUCACACCACUUUCAGCUGACGCGCGGUCAUGAAUUUUUAAGCGGUGAAUGCUUAAUAUGAGACGAAGGUAUUGGUUUACCUACGACAGGUCUCCUGUAGGCCUACUUGGUAAGAUCUAGUUUAUUUUUGUAAACACAAUGGUACCUCGACUAGAUUCCGUUUGGAGGUUUUGUCGAAUAAGAGCGUUCUUGAUUUUGGUGCUCGGUUAUGUGCUGUACCUCAUUUUUGGAGGGAUCGUGUUUAAGGCCCUUGAGAAGUCCGAGGCAGACGCUCUCGUGGCCGAAGUACGACAGUUCCGAAUCGAGUUUCUGGACCGCCACCGUUGCGUGAAAGGGAGCCGCCUGGACGAAUUUGUCAAGAUGGCACUUUUUGCAGAAGAACGCGGUGUUACGGUCCUGGAGGCUGAAGACGAGGAAUACAGCUACGAUUUCUCCUCGUCCUUGUUUUUUGUUGUAACUAUUCUUACUACCACGGGUUACGGCAGCUCCAUGCCCAUAUCGGACGACGGGAAGCUCUUCCUGGUGACGUACUCCCUCCUGGGAAUACCCAUAACCCUCCUGCUGCUGUCCUGCCUCACCCACCUCCUGCUGCCCUGGGUUACCCACUAUCCACUGCGCUACGUGCAGGCGCACUGGGGCCUGUCGUACAGUGGAGCAGCCCUGGCCCACGCCGGGCUGCUCCUGGGGCUGACCGCGGGGCUGCUGUUCCUGCUCCCCGCCGCCGUGCUCUGCCACCUGGUGCCCGGCUGGAGCUUCCUGGAGUCCUUCUACUUCUGCUACAUCUCCCUGAGCACCAUCGGCCUGGGGGACUACCUGCCGGGGGGCACCCGCAGCCUGGCCGCCUGGAGAGGGCUGGAGCUCGCCGUCUCCUGCUACCUGCUGCUGGGCCUCCUGGUUCUCCUGGUGGUCCUGGAGACGUUCUGGCGGCUGCCCCAGACCCAGGCCCUGAUCCGGUUCUUCUCUGGACCCUGGGAGAGCCAGCUGCCCGGGCUUGCCCUGGACGAACUCGCGCUGUGCGGAGACUUCCUCCCUCCGCUGAGCCUGAAGGAGAAGGCCCCCCGAAAAGAGGAUCCCCAAUACUUCUGCCCCAUCUCCACCAUCUCCCCAACCGUCCCUGACACGCCCCACCUACCUCGCACCCGCUCCCCACCACCCCUGGAACCAUAGACUAAACCAGGGUGGGCCCCAGACCUGCACCCCCCUGCUCCAGUGCUGAGGUACCCAAAGGAAUCCCCAUCUUUACCUUCAAGCCAACCCCCAGAGCACCUGAGAAUAAAUGACAAAAUACAAUUCAGUCCCUCAGAUUUAUUUUAUCUUAACUUGCAACCUGUAAUUUUUAAGUGCAGACUAAUGUCCAACAGACAUUUUUACAAGAAAGGUGGUGGGAGCACUGUCUGAAUUGCAGUGACUGAAUAAA